AUGUUUCAACUUAAACAAGUAUUUUUACUUACUCUUAUUAUAUUAAUGAUAAAAUUAAUAAUAGCUGUAAAAAAUUUUCCACAAAUAUUAACAAAAACAUAUAAUCAAACAUUAAAUUUAUCUUCUACAGCUAUUUUAACAUGUCAUAUACGUGAUUUAGGUGAACAUCAUGUAACAUGGUUUAAAUAUGAUUCCUUAACAUCUUUAUCGUAUCCAUUAGCCGUUGGAAAAGAAUUAUUUACAACGGAUAAACGUUAUUCGAUAUCAUUAUAUUCAACAUCAACAAGAGAUUCUUAUUGGUCAUUAGAAAUAUAUCAAUUAAAUUUAUCUGAUGAAGGAAUUUAUCUUUGUCAAAUUGCUAAUCGACGAGCAACUAUAAGUACUUCUAUAUAUUUACAUAUACAAAUACCUAUGAUUCUAUCUCCUUCAUAUCUUUAUGUCGAACCAGGAACAAAUGUUAAAUUAAAUUGUAGUAUUUUAAUUGAUAAUGAUAACAAUAAAUCAUUAUUAACAUCCAUAAAUUGGUUUUUUGUAUCAAAUCAAUUCAAUAAAACAAAACCUGAUAAUAUUCAUGUACGAAGAAAAUUGAUAAAUAAUAGAUUAAAUUCAUAUUUAAUUAUUUAUCAUGCACAAACAUAUCAUUCAGGUAUAUGGACAUGUGCUUAUAAACGUCAACGACGUACGGCAAAAUUAAUUGUUGAAAAAGAUGUUUUACAACGUCAACGUAUCAGUGCUUUACUAUCAAAUAAUUCCAAACGACAUUAUUCUCUAAUCAAUCAUCUUUUUUCUAUUUUAUUCAUUGUUUAUUAUAGACUGUUUUUUGUAUGA